UGUACUUGCAUGUUAAAAAGAUCAAACAUGCUUGACGCUGCUGAGAAACCGUGCGGACGUCGAUGCUGCACUCGUCCGCGUCUCAGCUCUAAUUUGUAAUUCUUGUUGAUUUAUUUAUUUAUUUAUUUUUAUUCUCAAAAAAAAAAAAAAAAAAAAAAAAAUCGCGUUCCACGUCCUGCGCCGGAGCACAUCCUGCCCGUCAUCUCGUCUUGAGGCAGAUUUCUGCUGAUGCAGGGAAUGUCUGGGGAUGCCAAGGGCUCGCUUAUCGCCCCUUAAUGCAUCUCUCCGAACUGCAGCGCAACAUCUCCUCCUGCGGUUUGCUCAUAUGCUGUUUGCUCUGCUCGCCGCCGUGCCGCUGCCAAAGCAACUAGGGGCACUGCAGCAUAGCAGUCCCCCCUUUUCGCUCCUUUUGCAACCCCUCUCCUUUAGAUCACACAGAUUGUCUCUUCGGCACGUCUCGUUUCGGAGUCUAGCUAGAUGAGGCGCUCUCCAAGGUUCUAGGCUGGUGCAACUCAAAAGUUUCCCACCUUUACCCGCCGCUGCUGCUCUGCUGUUGGAUGAUUCUACUCGAAGCUAUUCAAGACCUCUCAAGAUCAAACCACGAAGCAGCAGCAGCGACUGCUUCACAUGCACUGGGGAACAGCAAUGGUCAAGUCAGCGAGAGCCGCAGUGGAGCCGCACUGAGGCAAAGCAGCCAACCGACACCCCCCCCAUCAGCCCCCCCUCGCAACCGGGGACGCCUCCAAUGAUCUGUGGGGUGUGGGAAGCUGAGGAGUGGAAAAAUUUCUCCCAACCGUGAAUUCCUGGUCAGUCAAACUAACCGACACCCCUGCACAAUUUCUGCUCCUCCUCUUGCUCCACCCCGUCCUCCAGCUCUCUCCCCCCGAAAAUGACCGUUGUAGCGGGGGACAACAUGGACGAGACCUCAGCCGUCCCGGGACACCCUCAGGACACCUACCCGCCGGACCACAAUGACCACGAGUGCUGCGAGAGAGUGGUCAUCAACAUAGCCGGCCUCCGGUUUGAGACGCAGUUGAAAACUCUCUCGCAAUUCCCGGAGACUUUGCUCGGUAACCCCAAAAAGCGGAUGCGCUACUUUGACCCCCUGAGAAACGAGUACUUCUUUGACAGGAACAGACCCAGCUUCGAUGCAAUCUUGUACUACUACCAGUCGGGGGGCCGGCUAAGAAGGCCGGUAAACGUGCCCUUGGACAUGUUCUCAGAAGAAAUUAAGUUUUACGAGCUGGGAGUGGAUGCGAUGGAGAGGUUCCGCGAGGACGAGGGCUUCAUCAGAGAGGAAGAGCGCCCGCUGCCAGAGAAGGAGUUCCAGCGUCAGAUCUGGCUUCUUUUUGAGCACCCAGAAAGCUCAGGCCCUGCGAGAGGGAUCGCCAUUGUGUCUGUGAUGGUGAUCCUCAUUUCCAUUGUCAUAUUUUGUUUGGAGACUUUACCACAGCUCAAAGAGGACCCGAUGGGUCGAUACGAGACAUACGGGAACAUUACAAUUUACUACAAACCAAAUAUUCUUAAAGAUCCCUUCUUUGUCAUUGAGACUCUCUGUAUAAUCUGGUUCUCCUUUGAGUUGAUAGUGCGCUUCCUGGCAUGCCCCAGCAAACCGGCCUUCUUCAAGAACAUGAUGAACACGAUUGACAUUGUGGCCAUCAUCCCUUAUUUCAUCACACUUGGCACCGAGCUGGCAGAAGACCCGGAAAAGGAGGGCGUGGGGGAGCAAGCGACUUCUCUGGCCAUACUCAGGGUGAUCCGUCUGGUCAGGGUGUUUCGGAUCUUCAAGCUGUCGAGACACUCCAAGGGACUUCAGAUCCUAGGGCAAACCCUCAAGGCUAGCAUGCGAGAGCUGGGAUUGCUGAUCUUCUUCCUGUUCAUCGGAGUCAUCCUGUUCUCCAGCGCCGUCUACUUCGCUGAAGCCGAGGAGCCGGGUUCUUACUUCGGCAGCAUCCCGGACGCCUUCUGGUGGGCCGUUGUGUCCAUGACAACUGUGGGUUAUGGGGACAUGGUCCCGGUCACUAUUGGGGGCAAGAUUGUUGGAUCUCUGUGCGCGAUCGCUGGAGUCUUAACAAUUGCCCUCCCAGUGCCUGUUAUUGUGUCCAACUUCAACUACUUCUACCACAGAGAGACGGAGGGAGAGGAGCAGGCUCAGCUCCUCAAUGUCAGCAACCCCAACAUCCCGUCUGAAACCAACUCCAGCCGCCGCAGCUCCUCCACCGUCAGCAAGUCCGAGUACAUGGAGAUUGACGGCGACAUCAACAAUAGCAUCGACAACUUUAGGGAGGCAAACCUCAGAACUGGAAAUUGCACUAUUGCCACUCAGAACUGUGUAAACAAAAACAAGCUGCUCACAGAUGUUUAGGCAUCGUCUAGGAACUCUCGAUCGUUGGGUCACAUGGGGAGUAGACCAUCUGAUAGGAAUGCUUCAUUUAGCUCCCAGAGCGCUCUGCUGGCAUUAGGCCUACAACUAUACCUGGUUGGAAAAAAAAA